AUGGACGACGUCUCCAAGUUUUUGCAAGAUGUCAAGGAGAUGAAUGCCCGCCGCACCGAAGAGGACGACGCCCGUCAGCGCGAACUCGACGAGAAAAUCCAACAGGAGAAGAGGGAACGCCAGGCUCGCCGUGCCGAACGCGCCCGAUCGAUUUCCCCUCAGAAGUCAUCCCCGGCCAAUACCCCACCACCCUCGUCUCAACGCAACACGACACAGCUCUCCGAUGAUCUAAGGCUCUCUUCGCCUGGUCUUGAGCAUACCGGAAGCCCUCGCUCUCGCGGCAUUACGGCUUCUGAGGCUAUGGACAGCUUCUCCUCCACUUCCCCCACCAAAGAGAACGAAUCCCCCUUCGAUACCGAUACCAAGCGAACGAGCGUCACCUCUCCUACCGGCAGCGUACAAGGAGCCCGGCCGUUGUCCUGGCAGAGACGACCCAAUUCACAGCACUCGGAUCGAUCCAAGAGCCGUCCCUUGUCUGUUGUCGCCGCUGAGAACGCAGCCAGGACGUCGCCCAACCCGACCUCCGACCCGGCCUCCGCUACCGAGCAGACAUUCUCCAAAGACCAAAUUGCCCAGGCAUUGGGAUCCAAGGACCCUUCGUGGUUCCGCCAGACAGCCGAUAGAGCCAGUGUUGCGUCAGCAGCGAGUCGCAAGAGUCAAGUAGAGGACACUGAUACCGCCGACAUGUCGGCCAUGCGCCAUCAGCUCCCCGGCAUGAGCCGUAGCUCCUCGACAGACCUCGCAGCAGAGCAGACGAGCCCUACCAAGUCACUUGGAUCGCCACUUUCGCUUACCGGCGCGCAGAGACUCGACCCUCCCGCAGAAAUAUCUUCCGAGAAUGAGAACCCCGCACGGCGGGCGUCCGUCCUGUCUUCGGGAUCGGGCCGUAUGUCACCAAACAGACCCGUCUCGCCGACAAAGGGCAUGGGCGGAUUUGUUCAGAGUGCCAUGAUGAAGAGGUCUGACAGCGUGAAGAGAUGGAGCGUGACGUCGCCUGCUGGACUCGCACGCGUCGACUCUGUUGUUUCUCACAAGACGGGGGAGUCCCGAUCGCGGCCGCAGAGCAUGGUCAUUCGUGAUGGCGCAUCUACCCCCACCAGCACCGGCAGGGCUCGUUCCCGCUCUCGCCCUGCAUCUCGUCCUGCGUCCCGCCACGCGUCCCGCCCAGCUUCUCGUCACGGUGCGAUGGAGGACGAAGACGACGUUGAGACUACCCCGAAAGCAUCUGCUACUGCGUCUGCUGCACCAGAGCCAAAGCCGUCUGCCGAAGAGGACGACGAGAAGAUGACGCCACCAUCGAGCCCUUCAAAAACCAUGGAUAGCCGACGAUGGAGCCCGACAAAGGCUAGCUGGCUGGAGACUGCGCUGAACAAGCCCGAGUCCCCGAAGCCCAAGCCUCCACCCACGACGAAUCAGCCUGCGUGGAUGGUUGAACUUAACAAAGCAAAAGCCCAGAAGGCUGCCAGCGGAAGUGUUGAUCUUGGCCGAACUGGAUCCGUAUCAUCUCAGAAGCACGAGGUCAACAUCGGUGGACUGAUGCGAUCGUCACCAAUGGGUGGACACAACGCCAAGCCUUCUGUUAGUGGACUUAAAGGUAUUUUUGCACCGCCAACCGAGUCAUCGCAUAAACCAAGCGGUAGCAUCAGCGGAGGCAGCUUCCGCAGUAUGAAGAGCCCAACAAAUGACGCCAAGACCGAAGGAGAGGCUGGAGCAGGAGAGGCUCCGAAGCGAUCAUCAGUCAGCGACAGCCCGGCCGUUGCCAAAGUCAAGCCCGAGACGCCGCCGAAGAAGGAUUUCCGUGCGAAUCUCAAGGCUCGAAACGCUUCUGGUGACGCGGGGGGUUCCAAAGAACAACCAAAUGAGCUGGCAAACGUUUUCGGUAACUUGCGUCGCACUAAAACACAAAACUACGUUGCCCCAGACGAACUCAAGGGCAACAUACUGCGUGGCAAGGCAGGCUUGAAUUUGACUGGUGGCCCGAAGCCGAGCGAGCGCAAAGAUGAGUUCAAGGACGCUAUCUUGAAGAAAAAGGAAGACUUCAAGGCUGCCCAAGAACAAGGAAGAGGCAUAGCUCGCAGCAAAUCAAACGCUGCUGAGAACCCGGUCCCCGAGGCCUUGUUGAAGAAAGCCGAGUUUAGCAAAUCGCUUUCUUCUAGGCCGACGUCCGACUACACCAUCGAACAUCGUAAGUCUGUGAGUGGGCGGCCGAAAUCGAUAUCUCAAGGACCCAAGGAUGAGCUUAACGAGGGAGCUUCCUCGGUCAAAUCUCCUACUGGAUCCGUCAAGUCACCAACUGAGUCGGUUACGUCUCCGGGUCUCCAGAAAGAGGCGAGUGCGCCUGCUCGUCUGCAAGGGCGCGCCUCAGCCGGCGGGUUGGCCAACCGUUUCAACCCCGCGCUUGCCGGUCUUCUAGCCCGCGGCCCACCGUCUAUGGCCCCGAACGGAGGAAAGGAUGCCGAAAAGUCGCAAAGCUCCGGUGCUUCGGAGCCCACUGGCCCUGGUCCGCAGUUGACGCAUAUGACCAAGGGCCGUGCUCGCGGUCCCAAGAGAAAGGCUCCUACUAAGGGCACGACUACCUCUUCUCCUCCGCCCGAAUCGAAGCCCAGCCCAGCCGCGACAUCACCUCUCAAGGAAGAGCCACCUGCUGUUGUUGAAGAGCCCCAGAAGAGUGUCCAGAAAGAGGCGCCGUCGUCAAUUCAUGCUCAAGUGGCGGCUCAAGCUGCCCUCAAGAACAGGCCAGCCCCUCUGAAGAAUAUUGGGAAGCCCGCGGAGGAUAUCGAACAGCCUGCCGAGAAGCCGGCCGAGAAGUCAGCUGAGAAGCCAACUUUUAGUCCGAAGGACGCAGACCCUGUACCGACCCGCAGGACUCGAUCUCCUACGAUGAAGUUGCAGUCUUCUCCUAUUAAACUUCAAGAAGAGAAGCCGGUCGAGCCGGUUUCUCAGCCUACGUCACCUAAGAAGUUGGACAUGAAGAGGAUGUCAAGGUUCUUGGACGAGAACAACCCGACAAGUCCCAAGCCCGAGAGUCCUCAGAGAGCCGAGAGCCCGAAGCGGGAAAGCCCAAGAAAGGAGAGCCCAAAGCCGGACAGCCCCAAGAUGGACGGUCCCAAGCUGGACAGCCCCAAGCCGGAGAGCCCUAAAAGGGAGAGCCCUAAGAUGGACAGUCCUAAGCUGGAUAGCCCUAAGAAGGAGAGCCCGACGAAGCCAAGUCCCGUUUCAACACCAAGCAUCCAGUCCAAGCCGGUCUUUGAGAAGCCCCCGAGCCCAGCACCGCAACAGAUCGAGGAUGCCUCUCCAGUCAAGACAUUUGGGCGGCCUCUACCAGAACCCGUACCCAGCUCCCCGAAGAAGUCGUUUUCGGAAUCUCGCGAAGAGCCGGCACCUGUCAAGACCUUCGGCCGACCCUUGCCUGAGCCCAGGCCGAGGUCUCCAGUUCGCUCUCCUAUUCGAUCCCCGCCACCCAACGAGUACAGUCCUCAUGUGGCGCCUCUCAGACUCUCAAGACCCAGUUCCCCCCAGAAGAUGAUGUCCAACGACAAGGUUGACAGCGACCCUGUAGUCUCUGUCAAGAACGCCACCGCCAUGUUUGGAGGGUCUGUAUCACAGUCUCCUCCUCAAGUGAAGUCGCCACCUCCCAUGAAGUCGCCCGUCAGGUCGCCGUUGAGUUCGCCUCCCAUUGAGUCGAAGUCGCGUUUUGAGCCCGCAGCACCUCCUGUUGAGAGGACUGUCACCCCGAAGGCCGCAGCUAGACCUUUGCCGCUGCCACCGAAACCUUCGUCUCCAACACCUGUAGCUUCGCCGAUGCGAUCUCCAACCAAGGAGGGACCGGAUGUGUCAACCAUGUUGGAUGACUUCUUCGGCACGCCGCGACCACAAAGGGAAUAUCGAGUUGACACCGCCGAGGUCUUGAUGAACAAGCCCCGUGUUCGCAAUAUUCAGGGCCAAGGUGCUCGACUUUUCCAGAUUACCGGUGAUGGAAAGAAGAUUCCCGUCCCUGCGCAUAACGAGCGUAUUUUGUUUGAACGCGAGAUGUACAUCUGUGCCUCCACCUUCACCAAUGAUGCUGGAUGGAAGGCGACGGAGGUGUACUUCUGGGCUGGUGACGAGGUUCCGGAUGCUACAGUUGAAGAUGCUAUCUUGUUCGUGAACCGGGAAGCUAGAUCUCUUCGCGGCGAGGUGGUGAGGAUGCGCCAGGGCAGAGAGACUCCUGAGUUCAUCUUGGCACUCGGCGGCAUGCUUAUCACUCGCCGAGGCACCAGCACCAAGUACGAUUCCCUGGCACCUAGUAUGCUCUGUGGGCGUCGCAUUCUUGGCCAGACUACCUUCGUUUUCGACGAGGUCGACUUCUCUUCGGCAAGCCUCUGCUCAGGCUUCCCGUUCUUGAUCGCAACCUCAGGCAAGUGCUACCUGUGGAAGGGUAAGGGUAGCGAUGUGGAUGAGCAGAGCUGCGCCCGUCUCAUUGGUAUGGACUUGACCUUGACGGGCGAGCUCAUCGAAAUCGAUGAUGGCAGUGAGCCCGAUAGCUUCUGGGACAUCUUCAACGGUGGCUCGAAGCCCCAUUCCGCGGACCACUGGCGUUUGAAGCCGAACUACGACAAGUACUGCCAGAGGCUGUUCCGGUCUGAUGCGGCUUCGAAGAAGCAGGUCGUCGAGAUUUCUCCAUUCACGCAAACAGACCUGGACCCGCACGGAAUCUACGUCCUAGACGCCUUCUUCGAGAUGUACAUCAUCGUCGGCAAGUUCGCCCAGAGCCAGUACAGCUCAUUCCGCAUCGCCCUCGACUUCGCCCAGGAGUACGCCAUCCUCGCCAGCGGCAUGGAGGACCGUCCCUUCAUCCCCAUCUCCACCGUCGUGCUCGAGGGCAUCCCCAAGGACCUCAAGAGCGUCUUCCGCAAGUGGCGCGACGAGGCCAGCCCCACCAUCAUGCCCCAGCGCAGCGGGAGCUCCAGCCCCCUCAAGCGCGGUCGCAGUCUGCGCGUCGUCCCCCUGACGCAGGCGCUCCAGGCGCUUAGUGAGUAA